AUGUCAUUUAUAAAAAAAUUUAAAAAUCUUUUUUCAUCAGAAAAAAAGGAAUUAAAAAAAACUAGAAAAAAACAACAAAAGAAUUAUGAUAGCAAUAAAACUAUAAAUAACUAUAAUUAUAUUUAUAAUACACAUAUUUUACCAAAUAAUUCAACCAAUCAAAUAGACCCUUCAUUGUCAUCGUCUUCUACAUCAACAACAACUACAACAACUACUACAACUACUUCAUCAAAACCACAACAUAAUACAUUAAGCCCAGUAUCAUUAGAAAAACAUUCUGAUGCUAAAUACAACACUGUUAAUACAUCACCUAUAAAAUCAAAUAAAAUAACACCAACCCAAGAAGAACAGGAUCAGAAUUGUCAAUCCCCUUCGUUUGAGGAUCAAAUAUCUGAAUAUAAAAAAUUACAAAGAGACAGAUAUAAAAGUACAAGGACAUCAGUUCCGCCCCCAUUACAACUCCAAUCACAUCCACAGACAUUGCAGCAGCAACAACCCAUUCCUUUACAACAAGCAUUUAUUCCACUUCACCAGUCCCAGCAAUUACAACCACAGCAAAAGUCUCAACCUCCACAACCAUUACCACAGGUACCAAAGGGAUAUUCAACAACAACUGGUUCGAAAUUAAAUCAAAGUACUUCUAGUUCACUUAGAAACAGCACUAUUUUACCAAACGGUAAUAUUGUUUCAUCUCCUAAUACUUUAAAAAAUAGUUCAAUAAAUCAAUCUGGUCAUAACAAUCUUUCACAUAGUCAAUCCAUAUAUUCACAAUCUCCAAAAAACAACCCCUAUUCACCUUUAAAAUCAAGUAGUAAUUUAUUAAGAAGAUCUUCACACAAGUUAAGAAUGAAUAAAUCUGAAUACCAAAGAUUAUAUUUCUCUUCAAGGGAUGGUGGUUUAUUUAUUAAUGAUUUGCCAUUAAGAUUAAAGGGUAUUAAUUGGUUUGGUUGCGAAACUGAAACAUUUACUGUACAUGGUUUAUGGGCUAGAGAUUACAAACAAUAUUUGGAUUUCCUAAAAGAGCAUAGAUUUAAUGCAAUAAGAAUACCUUUCUCUUUAGAAAUGAUCAUGAAGGAUCCAUUCCCAACAUCAAUUACUAUUACACCUCAAAUAAAUAAAGAAUUUUAUGGAUUAAGAGCAUUAUCUGUAUUAGAUAUGAUCAUCGAGGCAGCAGGUGAAAGAGGAAUGUUAAUAUUAUUGGAUCUUCAUUCAUUUGGACCAAAUGAUAGACUACAUGACGGAUUAUGGUAUAAUAAUAAAUAUAAUGAAAACGACGUUAUGAAAAUGUGGAACAUUUUAAUAUUAAGAUAUGGUAGAGUUUGGAAUGUAUUGGGAGUAGAUUUAAAAAAUGAACCAUUUAGCGCUACAUGGGACACAUCAAAUGAAAAAACCGAUUGGGAUAAAGCUAUUAAUAGAAUAGGAUCAUAUAUUCAAAACAAUGGUGGUAAUCAAUGGUUAAUAUUUGGUCAAGGUAUUCCAGUACAAUCUCAAAAUAACAUGGCAUGCUGUUGGGGUGAAUCCUUCGAUUGUGAAAGUACAAGUCAAACAUCAUCCGUAUCAUUACCAUUAAAUGAUAAAUUUGUAUAUAGCCCACACUGUUACGGUCCAUCAGUAGUCAAUCACAGUCAUUUCCGUGAUAGAGAUUUCCCUCAUAAUCUCUUCCCUCACUGGGAUCUAAACUUUGGUUUAUUACCAACCAAUACAGGCAGAGCGGUUGUAGUUGGUGAAUGGGGCGGUAAAUAUAUCGACAAUAUGGAUAAAAUUUGGAUGGACGCUUUUGUAGAUUAUUUAAUAGAAAAGAAAUGUACAGAUAACUUCUUUUGGUGCCUUAACCCAAAUUCAGGUGACACAGGUGGAAUAUACUUGGAUGACUGGGUUUGUGUCAAUAAUGAAAAACUUAACCUUUUAAACAAAUUAGUACCCCAUCCCACAAAAAUCAAAUUGGAUAAAGAUAUUAUGAUAUUUAAAGUAUCAUCAGUUGUACCAUCACAAAUGGAAGCUUAA